AUGAAUAGCACUGCUUAAGUCUUAUUUUUAAAGGUUGAAUAAGGGAAUGUUAAUAAAGUGAUUGAAAUACUGCAAUAAUAUCCUAAUUUAAUAGAUCUGGAAAAUGUAAAGUCAGGAUAAACUUGUUUGACAAUAGCAUGUCGUAAAAAUGAUGGAGCAAUGAUAGAGAAAUUAAUAAAUUAAGGAGCAGAUAUUAAUAAGACAAAUAGAGUAAUUUAUUAAGGUUGAUAUAAUAGUUAAAUUAAUCACCAUUAUGGAUUUGUUCAUUUUAUAAUUAUCGUAGAACUGCUGAUUUUCUGUUGAAUCAAGGUGCUGAUGUAAAUUAGUAAGAUAAAGUAUUUAAUUUUGAAUAUACAAGAAAGGAUUUUCUCCUUUGAUGAUUGCAGCGUAGAGAGGAAAUUUAGAGACAGUUGCUUUAUUAUUGAAUGCUAAAGCUAAUAUCUAACUGUUAAAUAAAGUAUAAUUGUAUUUUAUCAUAUUAUUAUAGAAUCAAGAUACAGUAUUUGAUGUUUGCAAAGAUUAUGAUACUCUAUAAUUUAUGAUAUAAACAUUAUAAAUAGAAGAAGUAAGAGUUAAAUAACCAGAUAAAUUCAAACCAAAAUAAUAAUAGAAUGUUAAUUCAAUGAAAUCAACUUAGACAAAGUUUUCUAAUAAUUCUUAUAGAAGAGAGAAAUCUGAAUCAAUUCCAAAUUUGAAUGAAGAAUUUUAUACAAUUUAAACUAUGAUAAAUUCAAUGUGUGAAGAGAUGCAACUCAUUUUUAAUGAGAGUAUUUAAAAAUUUAAGAAUUGUAUUUUAAAUAAUAAGAAUUUAAUUGAAGCAAAGAAAUCAAUUUCAAUUGAAUAUGAAUAAAUUCAAUAAUCAUAACAUAUUGAAGAUAAUAUUCAAUUUUAAUAUGAUAAUUUUCAAUAUGAAAUUAGUAGACAAAUAGGUAGAACACUUUAUUCUAUUAUACAUAAUUUGGAUAAGGCUUAAGUUAAAUCUCCUUCUCCAAAGAAUAAGAAAUAUUUAUCAGCAGAACCUUUAAUUGAAGCCACAAUUGAAGAAGAGUAAUCUACACCAUUGAGUUAAUUUCGGAAUUAAUUAAAGAAGGUAGAGACACCAUCUUAAGUAAAAGAACCCUUAAGUAGAGGUAGUGUAAAAGGUGAGGAUGAAAAAUUUAAUAGAAUGAUGACUUAGAAAUUGGAGAUUUUGAAUGAAAUGAUUAAUUCUCGAAUCGGAAAUAAGAAAUAGUGACUUAUAAUUACUAAAAUAUAUUUAAUAAUUAAAUGUAAAGUAAGUUUGACAAGUCAUUUUUUGAUGAGCGGACUAUUGAUUGUUCAUUUUGGGAAAAGUCAACAUAGAAAAUAAAUAUUGACUUAAAUGAACAUCAAUAUAUAUUGUUUUAGAAAAGCAGAAAAAGUGGAUUCUGGGUAAGCAGAAACUAUAUAAUUCUUGAUUCUAAAUUAAUCAAAUUGAGAGUAAAUUAUAUUAUUCUAUAUGUUUUAAGCCAAAUAAAAACACAAUUCAUUAGAUCAAUCUGAAUAAGAGUAAAAUAGAGAAAAUUAAAUAUCAAAAUAAUCAAGAGAAAGAGAGUUGUAAUAGAGUAUAUAUAUAAUAUACAUGAAUUUUAGAAGAAAUAUGGUUUUAGAAUUAUUAGAAAUCAAAUUUGUAGAGAAUUCUAUUCAAGAUCAAAAGAAUUGAAUCAAAAAAUUUGGGAUGAAUUGAAAAAAUAAUCUCUAUAGAUUACAUUCAAAUAAGAUUAUAUAAUUGAAAAAAUGAUUGGAAAAGGAAACUUUGCUAAAGUAUUAGAAUUUUCUAUUAUUUUUAGGUGUAUCUUUGUAACAAAAAAUCUGAUAAAUAAUAAUUUGCAGUAAAGGCUUUUGAAAAAAGUAAGUUGAUAAAUACUGAAACAGAUAGAUUAGCUUUAUUGAAAGAAAUAUCUAUUUUACGUAAAUUGAAUUAUAAGGGACUUAUAAAAAUGUAUGAAGUUUAUGAAGAUGAGACACAUAUUUAUUUAAUUCAAGAAUAUUUAUAAGGUGGAGAAUUAUAUUAAAAUAUUAAAAAAAAUAACAAAUAUCCAGAAAAUACUGUGGCUAAAAUAAUAGCCACUUUAUUAGAAUCUCUUGAGUAUUUACAUAAGAAAAGUAUACUCCAUAGAGAUCUUAAACCAGAAAAUUUGAUAUUAAGAAAAAAAGGAAUAUUGGAUGAUAUAGUAAUUACUGAUUUUGGAUUGGCUGAUUUUUAUGAUCCAUUAGGAAAUUAUAUAUUCUAAAGAUGUGGUACUCCUGGAUUUGUUGCACCAGAAGUAUUAUAAGACAAAAUUUAUGAUUAAAAAGUGGAUAUUUUUAGUGUUGGAUGUCUAAUGUAUUUAUUAUUAGCUGGUAAAUCACCAUUCAAAGGUUCUACUUAUGAUGAAGUAGUGAUGCGUAAUUAUCAUUGUAAAAUUGAUUAUCAAUCUAUUGAAUCCAUUAUAUCUAUUUAAUGUAUAUUUGUAUAUUAAAAUUAGGCUUAUAAUUACUAAAACUAUUAUUACAUCAUAGACCAUCAUAAAGACCAAAUCCUAAAGAUGCAUUAAAACAUGAAUGGUUUAUGCUCAAUUUAGAUGAAAAAAGAUAUAAAGAAUUGAAUAAUAAUGACGAAUAAAUUUAAUAUACUAAAUAAACUACUAAAUCUACUUUAACUGAUUUAGGAAGUAGUGGAUUUAUGAAAAACUUUGUUGGUCCUUAUACUUGUGAGAAGUCUGAAUUUUCUACUCCAUAGAUUUCACAUCCAAAUAAUAAAUAAAAUAAUGUUCUAUAUACACCAUAAUAUACUAUAAUGCAAUCUAUAUAAGAAUAAUUUAAAGAUAGUGAACAAUAGAUUUCAAUUAAAAAUUUAGAAGAUGAAUUUAGUGAUAUGAUGUUUGAAGAUGAAUCUCCUCAAUCACAUAAAUUACCUCAAUAUUAAUUAAUAGGAAAAUUAAAAUAAGUUGUGGAUUCAAAUAAUUCAUCUUAUUACACUUCUCCUGUCAUCAAAGUAUUAUUAAAUUUAAUUAUAAUAAUAGAAAACACCAGAAAGUAAUACAAAAGGUCUUGAGAUUAGGACUCCUAUUUUGAUUACUCAAAUAAUUGAAAAACAUACAUAACCUAGAGUAGCAAAUAAAAUUAUGAACAACUUAAAAAAUUUUGAAUAAGUUUGA